AUGGCAACUGGAACAGGAAAAUGUACAUUUGGUACUCGACCGCCAGUUGAUAUCCACAUGCUAAAUGAAAUUAUAUACAGGGAGGUGAAACAUUUUCGCAAUUACAAGACAUAUAGACCUAAUUUCAAAGGUGUACCUUUAAGUUCUAAGUUCUACGCGGCACAUGACCAGUUGGAAUCAAGUGGUGAAGAGAAUUUGAAAAUAGAGGGAUACUGUCAGAAUGUUGGGCUAGCUAGAAACCUUGGGCCGAUCAGUAAAUACCCUUUGCCUGUUACAACAAGUCAUGAGUACGGUUGGUAUACCAAGCCACUCUAUCCAAUAGAUCGCAACGAUCGCCGUUUCUAUUUACCGAAGAGAGAAAGUCCACACACAAAAAUAGAAGUGGUCAUACUUAUGUCAAAUCCAAGACAAAGGAAAGCUUGAAGCCAGCAGCAGUGGAGCGGUGGAAAAAAACUGA